GAAAUGCAAUAUCGAAAGUUGAACCGAUUUAUUGUUAUUUAUAUUGUACGCUGACAAAUUAAACGCCUCCUCUUUUUAAAUCUUUUCAGUCGGUGUUAUAAAGUAGCCAAGUUAGUUAAAAAUAAUGUCGGAUUUUGAAUUUGAAGGAGAAAUUGUGAAUCAUAUACCACCGGAGGAUGAUCCAGCUGCCGAUUUUCUUGCAAGAGAGCAAAAUCAGUUAGCUGGUAUAGAAGAUGAAACCUUAGGCUUAGAUUCAGAGCAGAAUGUUGCUGCUGGGGAUUUUGAUAAUGAUUUUGGCCUUCAUAAUUCAGUUAACACUGAGCAUAUGAAUGGACCUUCAAAUGAACAUUCUCCAUCUUCAACACCAGUUCGUUCAAUUACUAGAGAAGAGCCGCAGAAAAUUAAAACAUGGCGUGAGGAACAGCAAAAGAUGUUGGAAAUAAAAGAUGCUGAAGAAGAGAAGAAAAAACAAGAAUUACGAGAAUCGGCUAAAAAAGAAUUGGAUGAUUGGUAUACUCGGUACAGGGAACAAAUUGAAAAGUCAAAAUUAAAUAACAGGGAGGAAUCCAAAGCUGCUGAAAAUGAUAUGAUUGCCGAGAGAGAUGCAGAAGCACCUGGCCAAGAAUGGGAACGUAUAGCUCGUUUAUGUGACUUUAAUCCAAAAUCUUCUCGUAGUACCAAAGAUACUUCACGUAUGCGUUCUAUCAUUCUUCAGUUGAAGCAACAAUCUCCUGUUCCACCUCGGAAAUCAUAGACAAUCAGCAAUUAUAUAUAGUGUUUUCUUUCUCGAAUACUUUUGAGCUUAGCUCUUGCAGUAUAGAUCUUGUCUGUUUACCUGUGAAAAAUAAAAAAUAUAUCAUUCCAUUGGUAACUUGUUACUGGAUGUAUGUUUUGAAAAGAUAUAUUACUCACACAUCUACAAGUUCUGAAUUCAUUUAGAAUUAAGUGCCCUGGGACUGCAUUUGUUAUGUACUAUUUUUAUUGUGCAUGUUAAAUAUUUUACCUCUCAUUUAUUUAAUUUGAGAUUGGUGUAUUAUGAAUUUAUUAAAAAUUUCAGGUUAUUAUUAUUAUGUAUAAAUUUCAGAAGUUGAAUUGUAUUUUUCGAAAUCAUCGUUUAGAGCUUGUAGCUACGAUAUUACAAUAAAAAUAACUAUGUGGUGUC